AUGGCGGCCAACUCCUCCUCCCCGUCGGCCGGCGGCGACGCGCCGGCCCCGGCGCUGCCGCCGGUGCGCCUCGCGGCGGGCCAGGCGGCCACGAUCCAGCCCUCCUCCCCGCGCUACUUCUUCUCCUCGCUCGCCGGCAAGGACGCCUCCUCCCAUCGCCGCAUCGCCAUCGCCGUCGACCUCUCCGACGAGUCCGCCUUCGCCGUGCGGUGGGCCGUGCAGAACUACCUGCGCCCCGGCGACGCCGUCGUGCUCCUCCACGUGCGCCCCACCUCCGUCCUCUACGGCGCUGACUGGGGCUCCAUCCCCGUCUCCGUCUCCGACGACGACGCGGACGACGCCGCCGUCGCCGUCGCCGCCGAGGGCUCCGACCCCGCCGCCUCCGCGGAGGAGCUGCAGAAGAAGCGGGAGGAGGACUUCGACGCCUUCACGUCCACCAAGUCGCAGGACCUGGCGCAGCCGCUCGUUGCCGCGCAGAUCCCCUUUAAGAUCCACGUCGUCAAGGACCACGACAUGAAGGAGCGCCUCUGCCUCGAGGCCGAGCGCCUUGGCCUGUCAGCCAUGAUCAUGGGAAGCCGCGGAUUCGGGGCCUCGCGCAAGGGCGGCAAAGGGAGGCUCGGGAGUGUUAGUGAUUACUGUGUGCAUCACUGUGUCUGCCCGGUUGUGGUUGUUCGCUACCCAGAUGACGCUGCAGGUAUCCCCGGGGAGGCAGCAGCAGCAACAGAUGAGCUGCACACCGUGCCGGAGGAUGAGCCCGUGUAUCAUGAUGCGCCUGACGCACACAAAGGAAAACUGAGGCAAUGGCAUCCAAUCGGAGCGCAAGGAGACCAUGAGGCUUGUGUACCUAGGCGAUCCCUGUGUACCUGA